AUGGAUUUGCGCACGAUUAUGAACAACGAUGCCUCGGGCACGUCGGAUGCUCCACCAACUGCUCCUCCCCAGUCUCCGUCGCAAGUGUCGCGUAAGCCUUCGGAUCCCAUGUAUGCUCCCCGCGACCAACAACGGACCUCCUCCUAUCCAUCUGCCUACUCGAGUCACCCCCCUCAGCCUCCACCCCUACAACGUCCUCAUGCCUCCCCAGAACGUUCUUCUUCCUAUGGAUCGCUCCAAUCGCCCUAUCAAUACCAUCCUCCCUCCGCACAGGUUGCAGGCGCACAGUCUCAGCGCGGCCCGAGUCCUCCCCCCUAUGGUUCCUCCGCCUCGCGUGACUCGUUCUCUACCUAUGGCCAUCCCCAGCAGCAGCCCCAGCAGCAGCAGUCGCCCUUCGCACAGCAGCGCUCGCAAUCCAUCCAGUCUGUCCUGACCCCCUCGUCCACCUCCACCUACUCAUUUCAUCCCAGGGAAAGCCCGCCAGCGGCUGCUUCACAGUCUUACCCGUCACAGCAAUUCCCCCCUCCAGCCCAAGGUUCCGUACCCAAUACACCGCGAGGUCUAUUUCUGUUGCUGCAUCCUAUACCCGUCAAACGCCCCCAUCGGCGCGCCCUCAAUCCUCCGGCCAUGAAUCCUUAUCAAAUCGUGCCUCGAGCCCGUGGGCCGCUAGAACAAACCCCGAGACAAAAUUCUUCGGCGACCGACCGAAGGGACUCGGAUGAGAGUGUUAGUCCGAAAACCGCUUUUCCUUCUGGGUCUCGGCAAGGGAGCACGGCCGGAUACACCGACCUAGCGGCCUCUUCUCAACCGAAGCCCACCGAAAAUGGUGUCUCCUUGAAGGAAAGCUCACCCAACCGCCAAACACCCCAACCUGCCCCAGCAGUCUCAAACUUUGACAGCUCACCGCCCGCUCGAAAGUCUCUGACAGACGAUUCCUCUGCGAUCGAUCAAGUCCGCCCGUUGCCAACAAAGAUGGACCUGACUCCAGACGCAAGGACCAACUCAAGUCCGCAAGCUCCCAGAGUGAAGAGGAGGCGUUAUGAAGAACCGCCAAUCUAUGCCCGAAGAUCGGUACGCACCAAAGGGAGGAUUCCGAUGAUCCCGAACCGCUGUCCACCGAUCCCGAAGCAUGCGAGAAAUUCAACGCAAAAUCCUUUUCUGAUGCGCCAACAAAACGUUUCCGCCCAGGCCUCCGCUGCAGAUUCUCCGGCCAAACCCAAAAGCGAGACACCACCUGUUAAUGGCCCUUCGGCCCCCCGGCGGCCUCCAGAGCCUGCGCAGGCAGGAAGCUUAGGACCGUGGGAACCCUCCAUUUAUGGGUACAUCCCGCACGAGGAGGUCACAAAAGCGGUCUGCGAUUUCUUGUUCCAACAUGUGGUUAUGAGGAACGACGCGUCUGCGGCUCCUGCUGGUACGGCAGGAACCGGUCAGGGAGCAAUGAUCGAGGUGGAAGCCAAACUGGGACAGCUCGUUGACAUGGACAGGGGUGAGAGACUUCUCUUGCCCAUUUCGACCGAAGGUAUUGUGAAUAAGGAAAACACCCGCUUGCGAACUGCGUUCGAGAGCACGAUGACGUUAGCACAACAUAGGGCAAUGAAUAACUUUCUGAACGAAGCCGUGAAGAUGUCUAUGCCGCAAGCUAACCCAGGACGCAUUCCAUUAUCGUACGCACACAAGAAAGAGCGGGAUACCUUUUACGAAAUAUCACCAUCAGAGCUUCCUCCUGUCAUUAGGCAGAAUCUGAAUCCUCGCCAUAAACCCAAGGUGCGAGUAACUUUGGACCAACGAACGGGCGAGGUCCUCGCAAAGAUCGUGAAAUGCCGGAUUGCCGACCUUGAUGUCUACAGUCCUCGCACAUGUGUCGAUUGGCGAAUUAGCGUCAACCUGGAAAUGAGCUACGAAGGCGAUGUCAGCCACCUCACCGUGGUAGAUCCCGGUCGGGGACGCGGCGGAGAGCGAAACAAGGAUCGUAUGAGCUAUCGACAUCUGGCUUACCAGAUCGACCUUACACAAGUGGCCAAAUCAGAGCCACAAUCCAAAGGUGAAUUCGAACAUGAACUCGAAGUUGAAAUCUCCGCCGCUGAGAUCCGCCGUCAGGGUCAGCUCGCCAUGGCUGGCGACCCUAAGAACCAAUACGAAGAGCUUGUUAAGGGAUUUGUGGAUAAUAUUCGCAUCCUUGCACGAGCAGUGCCUCCGUAAAUCUUUUUCAUACCCCUGAAAUUAUUGUCG